AUGCCUCAGACAGUGGGUAAGUACGAUGGUCUAGGUGACCCUGAUAACCAUCUCAACUUGUUCAAAAGCGCCGGGGAAGUAGCCUGCUGUCCCAUGCCCCUUUGGUGCAAAAUGUUUGUCCAAACGCUGGUAGGGGAAACACGAGUAUGGUGGGAUAGUAUACCCAUUGGAGAAAUCGAUAGCUUUGAAGAUUUAGAAGCCAAAUUCACGUUGCAGUUCAGUCAACAGAGAAGGAACACAAAGGACCGAAACGAGCUCCUUUACAUUCGUCGGCGAGACAAUGAAACAGUGGAGAGUUUUAUCGUCAGCUUUAACAAAGAGAGCCUCGCGAUUCCAGGUGUCACAAACGAUCUGGCCUGCGGUGCUUUCCUACAAGGAGUAAACGAUGAUGAGUUAUUAAGAACACUCUAUGGAAGGGACGGCGUGCCCUCCACCAUAGAAGAAAUCCUGAGGAGAGCCAAGGUGUAUGUUACACAAGAAAAGACUGUGGCAGCUAGUCACGCGGCUAACAGGAAAAAGGAAGCCCAGAAAAAUCAAGACGAUAGAGAGCAGCGGAACUCUAAGGGCAAGGGUAGAGGAGACAUGUACCAAAAAAGCGACAGAUCAGACUCGCGAUAUGACAGAUCCAGAAAUUCAAGAAACGAAUCCUCCUCUAAACGGCGGUCUGAUUACCCUAAUUUCAGUAAAACGCCGGCAGAAAUCCUGGCCUCCGAAAACCUCAAGUUCAAUCCUCCCAAGCCGUUGAAGGACGCUCCCAACAAAGACACCAGUAAAUACUGUGAAUAUCACAAGGGGAGCGGCCAUGAUACCAACGAUUGCUAUCAGUUGAAAAAGAAAAUUGAGUACUUUGUAAAGGCGGGUAAAUUGGCUCACCUGGUUCGAGAUAUAAAGCAAGGCCCGCCACCCAAUAAAGAGGAGGCUGACAAAAGGGCGGCCAAAAGACAGCGGGGGCUGAACAUGGUAUACGCCGACAAGAGAAAGGGAGCAAAACGGAGUUUCUCCACACUCGAACCCUGGAUGCUAGCAACCAUGACAAUCGAACCACGCGUAGAGGAUUUACACCUCACCACUGACCCCCUAAUUAUAUCCGCCGCGGUAGGCGACUAUAACAUGAGAAGAAUCCUGGUAGACACCGGGAGUUCUGAAGACAUCAUCUAUGAGCACUGUUUUAACAGAAUGCAACCAGAAGACAGAAGAUUGCUCGAGUCAGUACACGCCCCCAUCAAAGGGUUUACCGGAGAAAAGGUUGAUCCAAUCGGCCAAAUUACUUUCCCAGUUACAUUCGGACAAACCCCUCGGGAAAGAACCAUACUCCUCACAUUUCUUGUGGUACGCCCUGAGUCUUACCACAAUAUAAUCAUUGGAAGGUUUACCCUGGGAAAACUUGACGCCAUAGUCUCCACUGCGCGUGGGUUCAUGAAGUUCCCUACCCCGCGGGGUAUCGCAACGGUAUACCGGGAUAAGUUGGGAGAAGUUUUGUAUACUAAGAGGUGUUGUCAAGAACCUACCGGUGUCAUCGGCCCGGAAAGGUGGGUUCUAAGCACACGCCAUCCUAAGCAAACAAUGACAAUAGGAGAUGGCCUUUCUCCUGAGGUUAAAAACAACCUGAAACAGUUGCUGAGGAGGAACGCCGAUAUCUUUGAUUUUGAACACUCUGACAUGACCGGGAUACCCUGGGACAAGGUAGAGCACAAGUUAGCAACACUCACGGGCAUUAAGCCAGUCGCCCAGGGAAAGCGUAGCAUGGCUCCUGAUCGAAAAGCAGCGGUAGUAAAAGAAGUACAAAAGCUGGUCGAAGCUGGAAUUCUUAGAGAAACUAAGUAUCACACAUGGGUAUCAAACCCCGUGAUGGUUAAAAAACCAGAUGGCACAUGGCGGACGUGCAUUGACUUCAAGACUUGA